AAACGAAAUAUUUAAAACAAAAAUAUACAUACAUCUGCAGUUCUAUACAUACACAAAGGAACCAAGAAAACCCAGAAACAAGAACUGCUUUACAUCAAGAUUUGAUGGGGGUUUUGUGAUCAUCUUGAAGGGUAUUAUACAUACAAGAUAGAUACAGAGAGAGACUUAUAAAGAAAUGCAGAAGAAGAGGUGGGGGAGAAAGUUGGGAUUGUUGAGAAAGUUCUUGAGUUUUGCAAUUUGUGUGAUCUCUUUGGUGGCUUUGUUUUCUGCCCAUGUUCAUGUUUUUCCUCAUUCUCAAGUUCCUGCCUUUCUUGAGUUUUACAAGCUCCCCAAUCAACAUGAUAUUGAAUACCAGAGGCUAAGCAAAGAGCAAAUAUGGACUCGGAGCCUUGCGCCACCACAUUUGUUGGAAGCCCCUAUACAUAAAAACAAGACUUGACAGUUGGAUGGUGCAAGGGGAUCGUUGGAUACUGGAAAGCUGUGGAAACAGCCUUCAAAUCGAGACUUUGUUCCAUGUGUUAUGCCGAGUUCUAAUUAUACUUCAUAUGGAGAGCCUCGAGGCUACCUGCUUGUACAUGCAAAUGGAGGGCUUAACCAGAUGCGCGCUGGGAUAUGUGAUAUGGUCGCUGUUGCUCGUAUCAUAAAUGCUACCCUUGUGAUUCCCGAACUUGAUAAACGUUCAUUUUGGCAUGACUCGAGCAACUUUUCUGAUGUCUUUGAUGAAGAUUACUUUAUCAAUACUUUGGCUAACGAUGUUAAAAUAGUUAAAAAGCUUCCCAAAGAUUUAUCAAAUGCUACUAGAGCAGUCAAGCACUUCAGAAGUUGGUCUGGUGUUGAUUACUAUCAGGAUGAGAUAGCGAGCAUGUGGGGAGAAUAUAAGGUUAUUCGAGCAGCUAAAUCCGAUUCCCGACUAGCAAAUAAUCAUCUUCCUCCAGAUAUUCAGAAGCUCCGUUGCCGGACUUGUUAUAGAGCCCUGCGCUUUGCACCCCACAUCGAAGCUAUGGGAAAACUAUUAGUAGAUCGUAUGAGAUCAUAUGGCCCUUACAUUGCUCUACAUUUACGUUAUGAAAAAGACAUGCUUGCUUUUAGUGGAUGCACUCAUGAUUUAUCCCCAGAAGAAGCUGAAGAAUUACGCAUGAUAAGGGAAAACACUGCAUACUGGAAGGUGAAAGACAUUGAUUCCACUGAACGCAGAGCCAAAGGUUAUUGUCCUUUAACUCCCAAAGAAGUUGGAAUGUUCCUUACUGCUCUUGGGUUCCCGUCACACACCCCUAUAUAUAUAGCUGCGGGGGAUAUAUAUGGGGGUGAAACUCGUAUGGCUGAUCUGCGAUCACGCUAUCCAUUUUUAAUUAACAAGGAAAAAUUGGCAACAGUUGACGAUCUUGAACCUUUUUAUAAUCAUGCGUCUCAAAUGGCAGCACUAGAUUUCAUUGUAGCUGUCGAGAGUGAUGUUUUUAUACCUUCAUACUCUGGAAACAUGGCAAUGGCAGUUGAAGGCCAUCGGCGCUUCCUGGGACACAGGAAAACUAUUUCUCCGGACAGGAGAUUGCUUGUUCGUCUUUUUGACAAAGUUGAGCGGGGAACUAUGAAAGAAGGCAGAAAUCUGUUUGAUCGUGUCAUUGAGGCACACAAAGGAAGGCAGGGUUCUCCUAGGAAAAGAAAAGGGCCAAUUUCAGGAACAAAGGGCACGGAGAGGUUUCGUACAGAAGAGCCCUUCUAUGUGAACCCUUUACCAGAUUGUUUAUGUCACAGGGAUGCUGUAAAUAGUUCCCUCACUUAUUAGUUAGAUCACGGGGUAACAAAAUGAUCCCUCUGGAUUCCCCUUAAAAAAAGGACUCUCUGGAGGUGAGCUGCUGUCGGUUAUUAAAUUAUUAUGGAAGUCUGAGAAGCUGCUGCCUCCACAAACAUAUCACUGUUGUAUGCUGUGAAAUAUGUUACAACUAUACAUGUAGAUAUGUAGAAAGAUGGACAAAGCCGACGAGCUAGACCAUGGCUGUCGUUCUACUGAACUUCUGCCACGGUUCAGACAAUUCUUAUCCAACUUCUGCGGAGUUUACAUAGGUUAAGGGAAAGUGUAGAAUAGCAUAGAAGAUUAGUCUUGGUGCUGAUGUAGGAUCAAUUCCUCAAUUUUUGGGACUUCGAUUUCCAAUAAAAAAUUUAUUUGUUGUA